AUGGUAUUGCAGCGGAGGUUGGACUAUGGCUUCAAUGGCUACCAGGUGCCUGAGGUUCCUCGAGCUUCUAGAUCAGCCAGGGGAAGGGGACCUAUCAAGAAGAAACUAGAGGCCAAUCAGAUUCGUGCUUUUGAGAUUUUGGCCAGUGUAGCUGGUAAGUUAUUGCAGGAGAGCGAACAUCCUCUGCCAACAAAUGAUUCUUGUGGAAAGGACGUGCAUUUCAUUUUUGAUGAUACCACUCAGAGCAAACAGGAGAAAGGAAACUUGUCAAAGGAAGACCCGUGUGAGCGCGGAAGCUGUGAUGAGCAAACCCUUUUAUGUGUGGGCAGGAUGCAAGAGUGCCAACAAAGUUAUACAUUGAAUGGGGUUUCACAUUCUCAGGAAAAUUUUAGUUAUGAGAUCAACCGAGCAUCAAAAAGUUUUGAUCAUUCAGAGAGUAUAUAUUCUAACAAAGUAUUCAGUGACUCUCCCUUAUCUGGAGAUUCUGUUGAAGAGAAGCCACGGGGUGUACUUAAGAGGAAGCUAGAGACUGGACCAUCAAAGGAUACGAGCAUAAAGGAUGAAAGAACCCAGAUUUUAGGCAAUUCUGAGGAUAUAAUGAAAGUGGAAGGGAUGCCUCCUGAACUGGUCAGUUGUGGGCAUGAUGUAAAGACUUCCUUUUCAGGGGACUGCAAAAAUCAUGAUCCUUUACUCUGCCAUUGUGCUAAUAUUAAAGUAGAUAGUAGAGAUGAUGACGAAAACUGUGUUAGGUAUGCCCAACCCCUCAGCGUGGUAAAAGAAUUUGAUCACCCACCAGACGCCAGUGAUGAGAAAAUAAAUAAUCUGGCUGCGUCCAGGCACUGGAGAGUAGCUCCUGAGAUGAGGAUUGGGGGUUAUUCUAGAAAUGAUGGGAAGAUCAGGCAAAUUUACCGCCACGGGAGAACUUGUUAUACACAUCAAAGAUCACAGAAGAUUUAUCCUUUCAAAAAGAGAAAGUUCUUUAAUCGGAUGCCACUCACUACACCUGAUAGAGGGUUUAACUGCGAAAGCAUAUUUAAUUCUCCUGAUAAGAGAGUAAAUAGUGACAACUACUGCGCAGAAAUUGGACCAUCAUCCUCAACAACAGGUGGGCAAGUACCACUCAAGUCCAGUGAUUGCAAUGUGAAGCUUAGUAUUAAAUCCUUCAAGGUUCCUGAUCUCUUUAUUGAAAUUCCUGCAACCGCAACUGUUGGUUCAUUGAAGAGGACAGUAAUGGAGGCAGUAACAUCCAUACUUGGAGAUGGAUUACACGUUGGCAUCCUGGUCCGGGGAAAAAAGGUCAGAGAUGACAACAAAACUCUACUUCAGACUGGGAUUUCUCAGGAUGAGAAGAGUCGUAAUUUGGGCUUUAUGUUGGAGCCAAAACGUGCAAAGCUUACGUAUUCUCCACGCAGCAAAGAUCCUUCUUUGCCAUCUGGCAGAUCUCGGGAGUUAACCAGGCAUUCUGCAUCUUUGGUGUCACAACCAGGGACUUCAAAUGUCUCCCCGAAUCCUCCAGUAAUAAAUUUUGGUGGUUGUGUUAAAAGAGACCUCAACGCAGUUCCCUCUCUUCCUAGUACCUCUACUGAAAAAACCCCACAAGCAUCCCAAGCUCUGGUUGCAGUUCCACCAAUUAGCAUGAAUGCAUUGGCUGUGGUUCCUUUUCAUCGGAAAUCUGGGCAUCCAGAGUAUGUACAGCGCCGGAUCAGGAGACCUUUCUCUGUUCCAGAAGUAGAAGCAUUGGUUCAAGCUGUUGAGAAACUCGGAACAGGAAGGUGGCGUGACGUUAAGUUGCGUGCUUUUGAUGGUGCAAAACAUCGAACUUAUGUGGAUUUGAAGGACAAGUGGAAAACAUUGGUACACACAGCAAGAAUCUCCCCCCAGCAAAGGAGGGGAGAGCCCGUUCCGCAGGAGCUUCUGGACAGGGUCCUAGCUGCCCAUGCCUGCUGGUCUCAGCGGCGCUCCAAGCAACAGGUCAAAGCAGCAGUCUGA